AGGCGUGGUCAGUAUGCAAAAUUAAAGUUCGCCAUAUAAAAUAAAUUUCUCAGACCAAAACUUUAUUCAAAAUAAUACCCUUUUUAAAAUUAAAAAUAGUUCAUAAAAUUAAAAAAUAGUUAAAAUUCAUUGAGUUAUAUUAUUAUUAUUAUUCAACCGAAAAAUCAAUCUAUUUAAUAAUAAUUUGAAAUAGAUAAUUAGAUAUGUUCGUUCUACCACACUCAAAAACAGAGAGAGAGAGAGAGAGGAAGAAGGGUGUUCUACCGACUCAAAUGUUCUUAGCAAGCAUGGAAACACAGAAACACAGACGCUUCACCUGAUGCAAAUCCUAAGCAACCAGAUUUUUCAGGGAGCUGAGUCGGAGUCGCUGACAGGUGACGAGUCCUUUCCGCUCUGAAAUUUUCAAUGGCGGAAUGAAUCUCAUCAGCUGCUCCGUUUCCUCUGUUUCUUGCUUCGCAAUGAAUGAGCGCAUUGCCGGGAUUAAAUUCAUGGGGCUCCUGAGACCAAAAUUUGUGCUCUUCGCGGGCUUUCUGUGGUUCUCUGUCUCCACCUACUUGCUUCCUCUGCUCCGUUUCAUCAUCAAAUACUUCUUUAGCGAACGAGGAGAUAGCAGUUCUCAGAAGAAGAAGUCAAAUUCUUCGACUUUUCCUCCCAAAGAAGACAUUAAAACUAAUUCCAAUAAUUCCAAGCUGGAGGCAGAGCAAAAAUUCGAUCCUGACGUUACCGAGUUGAAUGUUCUUCCUGAGAAAACCAAUCAGACUAGCUCGAACUGUAUCGAACCAGAGCCAGGGGAGAAAGCAAAUUCUGAAGCUAAAGAGUUUAAGGGUUCUGAGUAUGAUGGGUUCGGUAAAGAAGAGACGUCUAAUUUCGGUUUCAGAUUUAAAUUUCAAACUUUUGAAGAAUUCUGUGAACGUCGGAGAGGCAGUGGAGAUUCUGUUAGCUCCGAAGCGGCCAUCGCUGCGAGCACCGGUGAGUAUGAUGACUUCGCGUCUGGCAAGGGUUUUGGUUUUGGUAGCUUCGCCAAAAAACCAGAGUUCGUGAACUGUAGUGUAGGAGAGGUGCAUGUACAUACGAGUGAUGCUUCUUUUGACGAUAAAGGGAUUCUUGCAGAUAGGUUUUUAUCCGAAAAUGAUUUUAUGCAACUUGAAUCACAAGCAGAAGCCAUUCGUGCAGAAGCAUCGGAGAAUUCCACAUACAAUGCAGGCUGGGAAGAGGUUUCAGAGAAAUUGGAGGCAGCAACACCGACGGAGGAUGAGUUCUGUGGAAGGGGACAACCAGGCAAUGAGAAGAACCAUUCGGACGAUCAAGAUGUUUCAGAUGAAUACCAAAUUCUUCCUGAUGACUUCUUUUCUUCAGAUUUGGACUCGGAUUCAGAGUCAAUUAGUUCGAGCCGGGAGUUUUCUGUUUUAAGUCAUUUGAUUGAUUCAAAUAGCGAUGAUUUUUUAUCAGAUAAAGAUUUUGGAGGAGCAUUUGAGGUCGGUAAUUUAACAGAUAUUGAUGGUGAGCAGGUGAAAUUGAUUAAUGGUGUAUUAGGAAGGAAAGAAAUUCACAUGCAGGCCUUGCAGGGUACGAGUUAUGGACAUGAACUGGAUGAUUUCAAGGAAGAAGACAGAGUAAUAGUGGCAGAGGUUCAGAAAUUAGAAGAACAACUUAUUGAGAAUCCAGAUGCCCCAAACUCAGAAUUUCCGUCUGGGAAGGAUUUUCAUGCAGAUAAACUAAAAACCAAACAGGUUAAAUUUGGUGUCAGAGAUGCUGAAACAUCGGGUUGUUCAGAUAAUUAUAAGAAACCUAGCUCAAAGAAUCCAGAGGCAGAGGAUUCUGGGGAUUCCAGUGGAUUGGAAAUGUUGUGGGAGCAUCAAGAAUUAAUAGAACAAUUGAAGAUGGAGCUGAAGAAGGCCAGAGCUACUGGACUGCCCACCAUCCUAGAAGAAUCCGAGUGUCCGAAGAUAAUGGAAGACCUGAAGCCAUGGAAGAUGGACGAUAAAUUCCAUUAUGAAGAUCGAAUGGAUGAGCUUUUUAAGUUCUACAAGAGUUACACAGAGAGGAUGCGAAAACUGGAUAUCUUGAAUUACCAGAAGAUGUAUGCAGUAGGUUUUCUCCAGUUGAAAGACCCGCUUCAAUCAGUUUCAAGCAGAAAAUCUGCAGGUCCGGCGAUCACCGCAUUUUUCUCGCAGAAUUUCCAGCGAUUCAAACGCAAGAAGAUUGAAUGCGACCCCAUGAUGAGGUUCAUUGAAGAAUUGUAUUGUGACUUGGAAGUGGUCUAUGUUGGGCAUUUGUGCCUGUCUUGGGAAUUCCUGCAUUGGCAGUAUGAGAAAGCCUUGGAGCUGUGGGAAUCAGACCCACAAGGGAUUCGUCAGUAUAAUGAAGUUGCAGGGGAAUUUCAGCAGUUUCAAGUGCUCACUCAAAGAUUUUUGGAGAACGAGCCCUUUCAAGGGCCAAGAGUUCAAAAUUAUGUGAAGAAUCGUUGCGUUCUACGCAAUCUUCUUCAAAUUCCGGUAUUAAGAGAGGAUGGUUUGAAGAAAGGAAGGAAGACAAGGAAGGGGCCAAUAGGUGAAGGAGCAAUUACAAGCGAUAUGCUAGUCGAGAUCAUGGAAGAAUCAAUAAGAAUUUUUUGGCGAUUCGUUCGAGCAGACAAAAAUACAAGCAACGUUAGCCCAAACAAGGUUGAGCUCCAAGAUCCUAAAGACUCGGAACUCUUGAUGGAUAUCAUAUCAAACCUCCAGAAGAAGGAGAAGAAGCUUAAAGAGCUACUGAGGACAGGGAACUGCAUAUUGAAGAAGUUCCAAAAGCACCAAGAAGACGGUUCAGAUCAUGUCCUCUACUUCUUCUCUGAAGUGGAUAUGAAAUUGGUGUCGCGGGUUCUACACAUGCCGAGAAUCACAACAGAGCAGCUAGUUUGGUGUGGCAACAAAUUAAAUAAGAUUAACUUCGUUAACAGAAGGAUACAUGUAGAGCCAUCAUUUACGCUUUUCCCAUGCUGAUAGACAGUGGUUAGUUAACUCUCUUACUGUACAUGCCCUUUGAACCUAGCUAGGUCCAUCUUAUAUAUAUACAAGAAAGAGAUCAAUAGGGCCCCAGGGCGUGGCUCAGUUGGCAGGGCGGACCUUGGGAGUGCCUUUCACGAGGUCAGGGCUUUCUCCCCUUCCGGCUUCGAUUCCUGUGGCGGGCUCCUGAAUUUACCCUCUCCGUGGGCUGUGGGGCAGACUGGCACGGGGCGUGGGAUUAGUCGCGGACCAUUAAAACGGACGUGGACACCCGGAGCGUUAUAAAAAAAAAAACAAAAAGAUCAAUAGGAAAAUUUUUCUGUAUAUAUAAUCUGUCAAUUGGUAUAAGAGAGAGAGAGAGAUGUUGUGGUCCAUGGGUCAUAGGGAAUUUAAGCCUAAUAUUAAAGUUACAUGGAUGUAGGGCAUUAGAUGUCAAAUGCAAUUUCGUAUUGGUUCAGAGUCGCUUGAAUAGACAAAGCAGAACGUUGUUAGGCGCCUUGGAGGAAUAUUAAGUCUGUCCACACUUCUAACUUUUAA